UUUUUAAAUAUUUGAUUCAACUUCUCUAUGGCAGAAACAAAUGGAUACCUUUUACGUUCCCAAUUACUCCGUUUUGACUCAGUAACGCCAAGCCAAAUGCCCCACUAGAAUCCACGGCCAGAGCCCCGCAUCGGUUGCCGUCACAGCUGCUGUAAAUAUUUAGAGCUGGAACUUCAUAUUCCAACCAAAAGCCCAAACCCACACGAACCAAUUCCUCCACCCACAACCACAAUGGCGACCGCAACAACAACAUCCACCAACGCAGCCUCAUACGGGGACUGCGUCGCCGCGCUGCGCACCUCGCUCUCCUUUCUCGAGUCCUCCGUAUCCACGCUCGGCACCGGCGUCGCCGACUUCCCGCGCCUGAUCAACGUUCUCAAGAGCGUGCGCCACUACGAGCUAAUCCCGCAACCCACCCUCGUCGCGGCCGAAGCCUCGCUGCGCGACGAAAUCGGCCCCGCUAUAACAACGCUGCUCGACCGCGCCGACUCCCACAUCGCGCGCGUCGAGCGCCGCAUCGACGCCCUGAAAGCCAAGUCCGAGCUGCAGCAAGGCCGGCUCUUGCGUUCUUCUUCUCCCACACCUCCAUCCCGUCCUGUUAGUCGAAACGCGGGCAAACCCGCGAGUGCCAAUGCCAGAGGAGGAGGAGGUGGUGGUGGGCGCAGGGCAAGUCUGCCCGGGGACCGGCUCACCGUCGAGACGAAGCUGCGGGCGCGGCAGCGCGAGGCGCUGCAGUAUAGCGUCGAGCGUCUUGAGCUGGAGGUCCUGCAGAAGGAGCGGGAGUUGCGGAAGAGGUUGGAUGCGGCGUCUUGAGUGGUGGUGGUACGAUAUAAUAUGAUAACGACGCGAUGCGGCGCGUUGAAUAAUACUAUGACGGCUUGUGGGAAUACUCUAGUUUAUUUGGUUCGGGUGAGGUGGAAUAUUGGAAUCGGUCUACGGGAAGGGGACCUUUGGCCUCUUCUAGAGAAGAGGCCGUCUGAUAUGUCGGAUACUGACUGUGCUAUACACAUGUUACGACGAAUCGAGAAGAACCAUAAUAAGGUACACCGCGGGUGAACUACGACAGUGGAAUUGGACUGCGCUGUUGGAUCCGACUCCUCGAUCCGCCGUCGUCAAAAUGAGCAAGACAAAAUCUCAGCUUAAGUUUCGGAGCCUAGGCUCGCAGAUGAAAUAGCGACGAGGUAUCCUCCAAUUAACACGACAAAGUGGGAGCUCCCGUUCAAGGACCGGGCUAUGAAUAAGCACCAAUGUUAGGUAGGACUGCUUACAG